AUGGCAGGAAGUAGCAUCAACUCUGCACAGGCAAACCUAGUCCCUAGUCCUUGCUUCAUUGGUUUCCUGGCAUUCAGAGUUCUGGUCGAAAGGAUUGUGGACAAGAGGAAGAACAAGAAGGGAAAAUGGGAGUAUCUCAUCCGGUGGAAAGGCUACGGCAGCACGGAGGACACGUGGGAGCCAGAGCACCAUCUGUUGCACUGUGAGGAGUUUAUCGACGAAUUCAACGGGCUGCACGUGUCCAAGGACAAAAGGAUCAAGUCAGGGAAGCAGGCCAGCACCUCCAAGCUCCUGCGUGACGGCCGAGGCCCGUCGGUUGAGAAACUCUCCCACAGACCUUCAGAGUCUGGGAAGAGCAAAGGGACUUCCCAUAAACGGAAGCGGAUCAACCCCGCCCUGUCCAAGCCGAAGAAAGGGUAUUCGGCCAAGCCCCCCGCAGGAGGUGACAGGGCCGCCAAGACGGUGUCUUACAGGACUACCCCCAGUGGUUUGCAAAUAAUGCCGCUGAAAAAGGCUCAGAAUGGGAUGGAGAAUGGGGACGCCGGUUCCGAGAAGGACGAGAGGCACUUUGGAAACGGCUCCCAUCAGCCUGGCUUGGAUGUGAACGACGUCGGAGAGCAAGACCUGGCGGAGUGUGGUGUGAACCACGCGGCACCGGCAGAGAACGGGCUCGGCUCUGCUCUGACCAACGGGGGAUUAAACUUGCACAGCCCCGUGAAGAGGAAGCUGGAAGCAGAGAAGGACUAUGUCUUUGACAAGAGGCUCAGGUACAGCGUCCGCCAGAACGAAAGCAACUGUAGGUUUCGGGACAUUGUCGUGCGGAAGGAAGAGGGGUUCACACACAUCCUGCUGUCCAGCCAGACCUCGGACAACAACGCGCUGACCCCUGAGAUUAUGAAGGAGGUCCGGCGAGCGCUGUGCAACGCGGCCACGGACGACAGCAAACUGCUGCUUCUCAGUGCAGUGGGCAGCGUAUUCUGCAGCGGCCUAGAUUACUCCUACCUAAUUGGCCGGUUGUCCAGUGACAGGAGAAAGGAGAGUACCCGGAUUGCAGAAGCCAUCAGGGACUUUGUGAAGGCCUUUAUCCAGUUUAAGAAGCCUAUCGUGGUCGCCAUCAACGGGCCUGCCCUGGGCCUCGGUGCCUCCAUCCUGCCCCUCUGCGACAUCGUGUGGGCCAGCGAGAAGGCCUGGUUUCAGACCCCGUAUGCCACCAUCCGCCUCACGCCCGCCGGCUGCUCCUCAUACACCUUCCCUCAGAUCCUGGGCGUCGCACUGGCCAAUGAGAUGCUCUUCUGUGGACGGAAGCUCACUGCCCAGGAGGCAUGCAGCAGGGGACUCGUGUCCCAGGUCUUCUGGCCAACCACGUUCAGCCAGGAGGUCAUGUUGCGGGUCAAGGAGAUGGCAUCCUGCAGCGCAGUGGUGUUGGAGGAGUCGAAAUGCCUCGUUCGGAGCUUCCUGAAAUCUGUGCUCGAAGACGUGAACGAGAAAGAAUGCCUCAUGCUCAAGCAGCUCUGGAGUUCUUCCAAGGGCCUGGAUUCCCUGUUCAGCUACCUGCAGGACAAAAUUUACGAAGUCUGA